UAAAUGCAACCAACUAUACACUUAGAUUUUUCACAAAAUUUCCUUGUCUUGUAGCAGUUUUUUCUUUAUAAUUCUCAGCUGGUAGUGUAGAUGCCGCCACUAGGUUGAAAUCGUUGGGAAAUCCACAUGGAUUUUCCGUUUUCAUCACCCAUCCGGUUUCGUUCGGGUCAAGCCUUGACAAGCGUCAGUUACAAUCAAAUUCAGUAAUCAAUAAUAGAGAGUACUAAGAGCUGAAUAUUCUAAAACAAGUUCCGCACCCCAAUAUCCAUGGCAACUGCUGCCACUUCCACCCUCCCGAACUGGUCACCACAACCCCCCGAGUGGUCCACCGAAGAACGCUCACUUCUCCCCCAAGACGUCAUCACACAGCCCCACGACAUCACCUUACCCACCCUCCUACUCAAAAGCGAUUCCUUCCCUUACCCCUUCCCGAUUGACAGCGGUAGAUGCAAAACACUCAAAACCUCCGUGGACCCCAAAACCCUCGAAAGAAACAUCAACUCCGCCUAUCCAAUCCUCCACGAAAACGUCCUCCAUCUAUACGCCCGUUUCAUCCUCCACAAGCGACAACAUGGCAGCCCCAUCGAGAAAGAACUCUACAGCGACAUGGACGUGUUGAAGUUCGUGGACCGACUCUUGACGAAACGGGCGGUCACGUUUAUGGGUAGACGCGACCUCUGGAUACUACUAAACAACAAAAGAGGGAGCCAAAACUGGGAGACCAUAGGAACGGUUAACCAAAAACCCCCACUAGUGUUGAAAGAUUGUCUUAGCUAUGAAGAAAUUAAGUUGUCGGUUUUUCUGUCAGUUAGUUCGUACACGUAUUUUGUGAAUAUUGGGGACCGGAAGAAUUUUGCGGUGUUCAAGGAAGAGAGGGAGGGAAUUGAGGAUGAGGGGGUGAUCGUGGGGCUGAUUGGGGCACGGAUGGUGAAGGACGAGGUUAUGGAGUAUCAGGAGGUGGUGAUAACGAAGAGGCAGAACACGAAAAACAAUGGAUAUGGGAAAGGGAAUGCGCCUAAUAUACAUAGUUUGUUUGCGAGCUUCUAUGAAGAAGAGUGUUUGGAAUAUGAAGAGGUAAUUGAAAAGCAGCGAACGCUACCGAUGAAUUUGCAGCGUUACACCAGUUUGAAAAACGGGGAAUUGUUAGAUAACCACGUCUAUUACAAAAGACUGAUUUUUUCCAUGGAUACUUUUUUCGUAGAAGCUAACCAAAGAGCGUUAGAAAGAAACACCUCUGCGUAUGUCCACGUCGUCGGUAUAGGGUUAGGUGUCUGGCAAAAGUCACCAUGUCAGAACAAACUCUUUAUGGAUACUUGUGGUCAAAGAAUACAACUUCUGGGACCACAUCUUCACAAUAUCAGCGAUAUUUGUUUCGCGUAUAUCAGCCAUGAUGCGUGCUUGAAUUUCAAGCAUGGUGAUGUUGUCCCAAUUGAAGGACAUCCGCAAGGUGGCAUCAAACUUCACAUAUACAACAGGGAACCCCAUUCUAGAUUGACGGGACUCGAUAAAGACAAGCUUCUUGUGGUGUCUUACGCGUGGGAUGGAAACUCCAUGCCCGGGAACGAAUUUUGGGAUAAAAAGUUGGCAGGGAGCGGAGAUUCCGCUGCUGCUUCGUCUACCCAGAUCGCAGAGUUGCAUAAUCCUUUCAUCAACCCGAAAGUCGCGGCUGUUAACUUAAGAGUAGUUGCUGGUGGGAAGGUUCUGGGUUUUGAUGAGUAUGCGGAAAAGUCGAACAGAGGUUAGGAAAGAAAAGAUUAAAUUAUUUUUGAACUUUGUAAUUAUAGGUGUUUACGGGUGUUUUUUAAGAAAUAAAACUUAUGUCUGAUUA